AUUAGAAGGACGAAAAGGUAUACUUUGCCGGCUGUAUUAUUAUUUUUUGGCAAGAAGUUUCAUUCGUGAGAUAAAAAAGAAGAACAAUGGCUUUAAACAAGUUGGCAAUUGACGCUUUGGAUCUAAAGAACAAACGGGUUUUAAUACGAGUUGAUUUCAAUGUUCCAUUGAAGGAUGGGAAAAUAACCAACAACCAAAGAAUUGUGGCAGCAAUUCCUACAGUGAAACAUGCCUUAGAUAACGGAGCCAAGAGUGUAGUACUGAUGAGUCAUCUCGGUCGUCCUGAUGGACGUCGCCAGGACAAAUAUUCUCUGGCUCCAGUGGCAGAAGAGCUAAAAACACUUCUUGGCAAGGAAGUCCAAUUCCUGUCGGACUGUAUUGGUGAAAAGGUGGAAAAGGUAUGUGCGGACCCUGCCUCUGGUUCAGUCAUCCUGCUGGAGAAUCUGCGUUUCCAUGUUGAGGAGGAGGGCAAGGGUGUUGAUGCUGAAGGUGUUAAGGUAAAGGCUGGAAAGGAAGCUGUUGAGGCAUUUAGGGCAUCACUGUCAAAACUUGGAGAUGUUUAUGUAAAUGAUGCUUUUGGCACUGCACAUAGAGCACACAGUUCUAUGGUAGGCUGUCAGCUCUCACAGAGAGCCUCCGGGUUCCUCCUGAAGAAAGAGCUCUCCUAUUUUUCCAAGGCCCUAGUAAACCCUGACACACCUUUUUUGGCCAUUCUUGGAGGGGCAAAGGUGGCAGACAAGAUCCAGCUGAUCGAGAACAUGCUGGAUAAAGUCAAUGAAAUGAUCAUAGGUGGUGGAAUGGCCUUCACCUUCCUCAAGGUCCUUAAAAACAUGCAGAUUGGGAGUUCCCUGUAUGAUGAGGAAGGAUCUAAGAUCAUUCAGAAGCUAAUGGACAAGGCAGCGGCCAAAGGGGUGAAGAUCCAUCUGCCAGUGGACUUUCUUACAGGGGACAAGUUCGCAGAAGAUGCAGUAGUUGGAAGUGCUACUGUUGAAUCUGGAAUUCCUGAAGGACAUAUGGGCUUGGAUAUAGGACCAGAGUCAUCUAAACAUUCACCUAAAGUUAUAGAAGGAGCUAAAACCAUUGUCUGGAAUGGUCCAUCAGGUGUGUUCGAGUUCCCUAACUUUGCAAAAGGAACAAAGGCAGUUAUGGACGCAGUGGUGAACAGUACAGUGGGAGGCGCCACAACCAUUAUUGGUGGAGGUGACACAGCCACAUGUGCUGCCAAGUAUAAAACAGAGGACAAGGUCAGCCAUGUCAGUACCGGGGGUGGAGCCAGUCUCGAGUUGUUGGAAGGUAAAGUGUUGCCAGGUGUUGAAGCUCUAUCUGAUGCUUAGACUUCCUCAAUCUUUGUGAACUUUGACCUCUACAUGAUGAGAUUUAGCAUGAAAGCUACACCAAGAUUAGGACUAGAGGAAGCUGCAAUAUAUUAAAGUUCUUCAGUAAACACAGUCAUAGCACACUCCUGUGUACAUGAUGAAAUAUUGAAUUCUUGAGGUUCCAUUCUGACUUGGAUUUGAUGACCUCCUACAUAGAACAGCUGGGUGCAAGGAAGUUUGUGUACCAGUAAAAGAUGUAUAUGUUACAACAAAUACUGUCAAGCUUAGAAACUGAGUCACUAGAAUGUUUGUAACUUAGCAGAAGUUAGAACAAUAACUUCCAAUACUAUAGGCUGGGUCACCAAAAACUUGUUAACAAGCAAAAACUUCAAACAUCACAUCAAUAACCACCAUGCUGGAACAAUUCACAAGAAUGGAUCCUAUAAAACUGAAAACUGAUGUAGUUCCUAACACUAGAAAAUCAGGGUCUCUCCAACAUUUAUCAAACAACAAUCUGGAUUGACCCUGAAGUUGAAUGAGAGUAAUAAGCUAGCUAUUUAUUUUGUCAUAUUGCUGCUUGAUUAUUUUAGGAUUAUUGUGUUGUGGCUUUACUGUAGUUCAUCUAGAUACAACACAAUAGCUGUAUAAUUUCUCAGUACCAAGUAAUAAUUCUGUAUCAUUUGCUAUAAAAAUGAUUUCUAAACUUCAGCUAUUAAGAUAUAGUGCUGUUUAUAGAAACACACUUUGUGUUGACCUAUCUUAGAGUGUACAGUGAUGGUAUGUUUGGCAGACUGAAAAUUGUCAACUUAAGGUUAAUCUCAAUUUUGUAAUGUGUACAUUUUCCAAAUAUGUGUGAAGCAUUUUCUGUUUCACAAGUUCAGAUGUUGUUAAACAAUCGGUUUGAAAAUUUUACUGAUCAACAAUGUCCCACUGUAAUGUACGCAUAAUAAAGUGCUAAAUGGCUGUUUGGUGCAUGUCAGAUUUCCACACUGUACAGUGUUAGAGAUAGUUUGUUGUAGGUAGUAGUUUCGAUAGUGAGGAUUACCUCCCCUGAGAAUAAAAAAAAUGUUGUCCAACAUGAUCUUAACAAGUUUUAUUUAUUGUAUCCCUUGAAAAUUGUUCUAUAACAAAGAAAAUUUUGUCUUGUUGGUUUUUGCUAAGUAUGUCUUUACUUUAUACGUAAACAUUUGAAAUAUAACUGUUAUAUAUGAUGUCAUAUUAAAAAUUAAAUACCA